GCCGCCGCCGCCGCCUGCCCCGCCCCGCCCCGAUCCGGCCACUGCCUCCCGGAUCGCCCCGCCAUGGACCAGUACGAGAAGGUGGAGAAGAUCGGGGAGGGGACGUACGGCGUGGUGUACAAGGGGAAGGACCGGCAGACCAACGAGACGAUCGCGCUCAAGAAGAUCCGCCUCGAGCAGGAGGACGAGGGCGUCCCUUCCACUGCCAUCCGCGAGAUCUCGCUGCUCAAGGAGAUGCAGCACCGGAACAUCGUCAAGCUGCAGGACGUCGUGCAUAACGAGAAAUGCAUAUACCUAGUCUUCGAGUACCUUGAUCUCGACCUCAAGAAGCACAUGGACUCCUCCCAGGAUUUCAAGAAUCACCGCAUAGUCAAAUCUUUCCUCUAUCAGAUUCUCCGGGGCAUUGCAUACUGUCACUCGCACCGUGUUCUCCACCGAGAUUUGAAGCCCCAGAACCUACUGAUAGAUCGGCGUACAAACUCAUUGAAGCUUGCUGACUUUGGAUUGGCCAGGGCAUUUGGCAUUCCUGUUCGGACAUUUACUCACGAGGUGGUGACAUUGUGGUACAGAGCACCUGAAAUUCUUCUUGGUGCAAGGCAUUAUUCCACCCCUGUUGACAUGUGGUCAGUUGGUUGCAUUUUUGCUGAAAUGGUGAAUCAGAAGCCACUAUUUCCUGGAGAUUCUGAGAUUGAUGAGCUCUUUAAGAUUUUCAGAAUUAUGGGCACUCCAAAUGAAGAAACUUGGCCAGGUGUUGCUUCACUACCCGACUACAAAUCAGCUUUCCCAAAGUGGCCGCCUGUGGAGCUUGCAACUGUGGUCCCAACACUUGAUGCUUCAGGACUUGAUCUUCUAUCUAAAAUGCUCCGUUUAGAUCCAAGCACAAGAAUCACCGCCCGUGCUGCCCUCGAGCACGAGUACUUCAAGGACCUGGAAGUAGCGUAGAUUAUGCUUCAUCUUGCCCCAUUGUAAAUUAAGAUUGCAUUGUUUGCUCAGCCGAGUUCUUUUUUUGCUUUUCUUAAUCUAAGUUCGUGUGCUCUUCCCCCCAUUCCUAUUUUUGCCCUUUGGUUGUGUAGAGAUGAGAACAGAAGGUACCUCCUGGCUAUCUCCGUGUAAGUCGUUCCAAUUGAGAAAGAUACUUUUUCUGGGAGCUCUACAUUGCAAUUUUUCCUUGCUUGCCUAGAUCCAGGGUCCUAGAGUAUUGCCUUGUCUUUAAUCUGCCAGUAUGGCAUGGACUUCUCCAGCCAACCAAUCAGUUUAAUUUCACUAUUUUACGGCAUUUUUCAACUGAUGUGAAAAUGUUUCGCCUUAUAUCUUCUGUAAAGAUUUGACAUAUACUUCACUUGCUGGAAUACAUGCUCAUGGGAAUGGACCAUUGGAAUCAGAAACAAAGUUACUGUUGCAUGUGGCCUCACGCCUGAAUGGCCCUACGGAUCGGAGGACCAAUGGCAAUGAGUCGACUUAUAUGCAAGCGAUGGCGAUGUUCUUGUGCAGUGGAGUAUACAAGAGGAGGAUUCAGCAGGACGAGUUAAUGGCCUUAAAUUGUGUCCCCAAGAAGCAGCGAAAGCAGUUGUACAAUGCUGUUGCAGACUUGCAGGUGCAGUGCAGGGUAAAUAUAAAGUGAGGCACAUGUAAAAGCCGUGUGCAAUGGCAGUGCCACGAAGAGGACGUGAAGAUGUGUGAAAAUCAUCAAAUUAUCCGUCGGUUUAUAUGAUAUUUACAUGACAUGUUUGGAUGGACAGGUGAAUUGAUAAAAUGUCUGACAUGUGACAGAAUUUAAAAAUCUUUGGGUGAAUUUAAAAAUAGGGAAUGGAUACUACAAAUCGCAUAUGGUUAAGAAGAAACCACUGGAUUUUGGGGGAGGAUGGCGGUACAGUUACUAGUGAUUUUAAUUUGAAAGAUCUUUUGAUAUAAAUCUUUGAUUCUGGACAGCAUUAGUGGAUCAUGAUGCAAGUAUUGGACCGGCCUGCUUAUAUUAAGUUAACUGCUUGGGGAAGGAUGCUGGAAGCUGGAUUGAUGGCCAUGUGAGGUUUAUUUAUACAAGUGAUGGAAAGAUACUUUUAUCAUCAAAAAACAAAAAUAAGUGACGAGCUGCUUUAUUUAUGGGAGCCGAUGAAGUAUAAAUUCCUAGCUGAAGUAUGACAUAUCCAUUUGUCCAAAUGAGUUGUCGCUCACUCUUAAUAUAUUCGUGCAUUGCAACGGAGAGAUAUGACUGAAAAAUAGAUUGUACAGUCAUAGGAACAUUGCGACUGGUUAUACAAUUGUAGAUGAACUAUACAGCCGGUAGGAAAAAUAGUUAUUUUGCCAACCACCUUUUGUUUUUUUCUGUGGGGGAUAGGGAAAGACAAUCAAACAACAUGGGGAAGGAAUGGAAGAAAAAAUGUAAUUUCAUAACAAACGAAGACUAACUACUUUGAUCAAUGCACAGACUAAGGG